AGGAUUGUUGAAUGUUGAUUGUUAUUUACUUAAUAAUAAAAAAAAAAGGAUUGUUGAAUGUUGAUUGAAACUUAUUUUACUCCAACCAUGGACUCGUAAUAUCGUUUUGUGUUUUAGGACGGGGAAAUCGUAGGUGGUUUUUCUAUCUAAGCAUGGUCAUAGUAGCACAUCAUUUUGGAAACCGGAUAAGAGUGACCUAGAUGGUUUAAGCCAUAACAGAGGCUCUAACUAUCUCCAUGUAGAAGCUCAAUAAAUCCUUUGAACUAUGAUAUUUGUCCACAGGGCUAACAUGGAGCAUAUAGUUUAAAAAUCAUCAGAAUGUGGUCAAUGUACAUGGGAUUCUACUUGCUGUAGCUCAGCAGGUGGUGCUGUUGGUUCCGCAGGUGGCGUUGUAUCUCCGCAGGUGUUGUUCCACUUUAGGUCAAGGGGAGGUGGUCUUAUGGCUUAGAAGGUGGGAAGCUUCCUUUAAAACCUCAGGAGAUGGCACAUCGAGCUAAUUCGUUCCCAAGGGAGUUGUACUUGAGGUUUUGACGUUUCAUACCAUCGUUGUUCGAUGAAAAUGAAAGUAAAAAAGAUGCAUAAGAUUUAGAUGCUCUGGCAAUUUUUUUUUUCAAUGAGCUAGUAAAAUUCAGCUAACGUAUUCGCUCGGGACAAUUAAGAGCUUUUGAUCUACAAGAAAGUUCAACAAAAAAGGAAUUUCUGACUUCAGCAAUUGGCUUAGAACUGACACGAAUUGUAAGUUUGAAAUGCUAGUCAAGAUAGGCUACACGCCUACACAGAUGGCACAACAAGCCGUCAUUUCCAUCUACUUCAAGCUACAUUAUUUCAUAAAGAUUCGUUAGAGUAGUUGAACUCCAAAACCAACUUCAAGUUCACCUAAUUUCCCUCACUUCUGUUACUUGGCCUCCUCUAUCUAUAAAUUCCCAAAUCCUUCUCUCCCACAAACAUCAAAGUCCCAGAACCCAAGUUUUUUUGUUCUUUCUCAACACCUUAAUUGUCUCGUUUCUCUAACUCCUACCCUCAAACUCAAGUUAGAAACUUCAUAUGGAGCUCCUUUUGCCCUGUUCACGCAUUGUUUUGAUAAUGGCCAUGGUGGUGGUCUUGAUUAUUCCCGUUUAUGGCCAGAUUAGUACCCCAUGCAACGCUUCCAUCAUUUCUAGCUUCACCCCUUGCAUGAACUUAUUAACAAAUAGCACUGCAAAUGGUACCUCACCAAGUGCAGACUGCUGCAAUUCCCUCAAGUCCCUUACAAGUGGUGGCCUGGACUGUCUGUGCCUCAUUGUAACUGGAAGCGUUCCCUUCCAAAUACCCAUCAAUCGGUCCUUGGCCAUCUCUCUCCCUCGUGCUUGUAAUAUGCCAGGCGUUCCCGUCCAAUGCAAAGCCUCUGCAGCACCUAUUCCUGCUCCAGGUCCCUUCUCGCCGGGGCCAACCCUGUCCCCUGGCCUCUCUCCAACUCCUAGUCCUAAAGCUUCUUCUGUCCCGGAACCCAUAUCACCUACUCAGGCACCAGAAUCCGACACAACACCUCUCACUCCACCAGCUCCAACAGUGGAUUCCAAAGCUCCAACUGCAACUAUGGGAAGCCGCCCAGUUCUUACCCCGUCAGCUGCCAUUCCCUCUUACAGUCUCUCACCAUCCUUCCUUCUACUUGUACUAGGAGUAUUUAUUUGAGCAACUGUUUUAGCCGGUUGUCUUUCCAGUCUGUAUGUAUGCUUUCGAUUUGGCAUUGUUGAUCAGUAUUCUUUCGAGGCCAUGACUAUUAUUUGGGCCUUCAGAUCAUUGAGAGCCACAUAGGAUGAUUAUAUUUUAUGGGAGAAUGAAUUCUUUGUAAAAACGCAUGCAUCAGUGGAAAUAAAGAUUUUAUCA